GGCAGAGCUCGGGGUAUAUACCAUGACCAAAGCCGCUGCAAAACAUUGAUGUAGACUACAUAUCGGAGCACACUAUUACUGCCUAUUUAUAGUAGCACUUAUGUAAUCGCCGGUGUCCCGUCGUCGUCGUCAUCGUCGCCGUCGUCGUCGUCGUCGUCAUUAUGCAGCGGUCUUACAACGGCACACGGCCCGGCCAAGACUGUAUUAAGAAUCUGGAAGACUGUAAAGAUAAAAUAUGGAAGAAAUGCAAUGUGUCCAGUUCAGUGGACCAUUCACCACACCCUUCGUGGGAUAAUGUAUGCGUCGAACAACUUGUUUGGACAUUCAAUAUACAUGCAUACGGAUUUGCUUGUCUUUUUUUCAUUUUAUCAUUCUAUGCCGUUUUUUCAAUCUUAAACAUCAGAUCACAAACAGCUAACAAAAAACCAUACAUGGCAGCAAUUAAUGCGUUAUUACUGGCUACAGGUAUUUGUAGGGCGUUUGUGUUAUUUGUCGAUCCAUAUAAUACAAGACGAAACAUUUCAUCCGUUGUCACACAUUUGACAUGGGAUCUUGGCUUAUGCAGCUUAGUGACAGCCCUGUCUUUAUUACAAUUAGCCUAUUUACAACUAACUCAAUUGCAAGCGGGGCCUUCAAAUAUGAGACGUAAAUCAGUCGUAGUGACAGCUACUGUAUUAAUUGUUGGAGUUCUUGUUCCAGCAGAUAUAGUUGCAUCCGUUGAUUACAAAUUAUGGGUUUUAGGUAAUGCUGUGCGUAUUCUUUUGCAUAUUUGGGGUAUUUGGCUUUGCUGUUUCUUCCUUUACUUAGGUGUUAAAGUAAUGACACUUGUUAAGCGCAUGCCAAAGUCGGUCUUACAAAACUUUGAUUCACGACACAAGGGUAUAAUGCAAUUAGGAAUAUUAGCUCCAUACAAUAACUUAGCUACCUCAAUGGCCGCUGCAUUCGUACCAGCACUAUUAGUUCCACAUCAAUCAAAAUCAGAUUCCAAAGAUAGGCCCACUGUCAAGAUAACGGCACCAUCAGAAGUUGCUAAUAGCUUUAAUAGAAUGAAUCGACGAGCUAGUAGUUUCGUGCAAAGACAAAAAAGAUCUGGAUCAAUUAUGUUAAGCCCAACUACACCUUCAAGAAGAUCGAGUGAAGUUCAAAGUAUCAUUCAAAAACGACUGAGUUGUGUGGAAGGAAGUAAGCAAUUUCUGGUAUUAAGUCCUAAUAACAAUGCUAGCGACAGUCCAGAACCAGAAGAAAGUUCAUGGCGUAAGAGUUUCGCCAAAUCAAUAUCAUGGCAAUUCCCAAAAACUGGAGAAUCCGGUAUAACAAAUGAUACUUCCCCAACAACUUCGUCAUCGUUACUCACGCCAUUACAACCACAAAGAAGUUUUAGACUUAAGUCUACCGGUCAAGCUGAUCAGGAAACCAGGCCUACAACCAGACAUUCGAGCAGUUUUUCAGAUUUAAGUUCUGAAAUGACCUUAAGUACGAUAUUAAAUCAUAUUGCAUUUGUAAAUCGAGGAAAUGGAACAGGAGAUGCUAAAAUGGACAACGUUCGAAGACGUACUUCUAAAGUUGCUAUUACUAAAUCAGAAAUCGUUUUAGUGAUAAAAACCGUACAUGUCUGUGCAGGAUUAGCAAUGUUAUUAUGUUUUUUCAACUUUGCUACAGAUAUUAAUUUGAUUGGAGUUUACUCAUACGACAAACCAUGGUGCUGGCUAAUAGUGCAAAGUGUGGUACGAGUUUUGGAAUUAUCGUUGGCGUGCAUGUUAGCCAACCUAACAAAACAACCAGUGAACGUUAUACACCACACUCAAUACACGCAUCCGUUGAGAGCGAAACUUCGAGGGUCAUUUUUCAUUUAGGCCCUAAAAAUCUAAAAUAAAAAGGGUUAAUUUUAUGACCUAAAAAAUAAUACAAUCACUGAGUUAAUCUUAAGUCUGACAGGAGUACUACGCAAAUGAGAUCGGGACCAUUAUUUCAAACGUGCAAUAACACAUUUUACAAUAACACAUUUUACAUUAAUAUACAUAACAGGUACUUAUAAAUUUUAUAAUAUUACCUUUAUGACUUAUUUACUUGAGAUAUUAUUAUUUGAUUUGUUUUCAAUUAUUAUUCACUUGAAUGUUUUUAACAUUAUUUGCGCAGUAUUCCUUAAGAAAUAUGCAAUCGAUCUUAUUUUUAAAUUUUUACCUAACUCACCUUACACAUAUUAUAUAGGUAUCUAUCACCUAUACACACGAAUAUCUUUAUAAAUAAUAAAUAUAUAUUUCAUUAGUGGUGUAGGUAUAUUUUUAGAAAUUAAACUACUUUAUUUUACACUAUACAAUAUUAAGUAUCAGCGAAUGCAUUCGGGAAAGAAAUCUGAGUUACCAAAAAUGUAUUUAUGUUACCUAUUAUAAAUGCGUAUGUUAUACCUAUAAAGCGAGUGUGUGUGAUUCGGAUUCACUAAGCAUAUAUAAUAUUUUGUACCAUGUUCAAUUUUUUUGUAUGCAGUGGCGGAUUUAAGAUUGAAUUUUAUUUAAAUGAUAGGUACCUAGUCGGCAAAAAAUAAGAAGGGCUUUGUGCAAAAGUUAUCCGUGAGUCACUGUACCUACCUUUUACAAAGCCUUUUCGCUGUAAUAACAACCGUUAAAUCAACUACAGCUGGUCGUAUGGAGAAAGAGUUCAAAUAGGUACCAUAUAAUUUAAAGUAGCAUUAACAGUUUCUCGCAAACAUUAUUUAGGCUUGGCAAUAUAUAAUAUAUAAAUAUAUGACAUAAAAAAUACAAAGUAUAAAUAAUUUUUAAGGAAAAAAGUUAAGCAAAACACCUGAAAACCGUCCCCGAUAAAUGACCCACUCUUCAAAACCACCACUGCGUUAAAGUAAAUAAUAUGCUUAAUGAAUUAUUAUUAUACUCUAUACAGAAUAAACUAUAAAAAUAGAUUGGGUAUUAGUAAAGUACGUAUUUAUUACUAUAUAAUAUACAUUAUAAUAUUAUUAUUCUUUUAAAAAUAAUUUAUUGGUUUUUUUUUUGCUUAUGCCUAAACAGGUAUAAUAUAUAAUAUAGGUAUUAGGUUCAUUAUCCUACGCAUAGUAGAAUAAUAAAUUAUAAUAUCAAAUAUUUUAAAAAUGUCAAUUAUAAUUUUUAGGUAGGUAGGUAGUUGUUACCUAUUAUAGAUUAUGAAUAUAGGUGCCUCUACAUUUUAAGACCAUGGAAAAUAGAUAUUUAAAUUAUAAUGACAGAUAAAAUUAUCAGGAUUUACUAUUUGGUACUUACAGCUGUACAGUAACAUGUUUUUUUAGUCAUAUUAUAAGGUAAAUCUACUUACAAUAUAACGAUAGAUGUUAUGUCAAUAAUAUACGUUAUCUUUGCACGUCAUAAAAUAAUGAUAUUAUUCAAAUAACAUCAAAAUAUUUUCUUAAAACGUUCAUCAUAUAGGUAAUCUUCAACACCUAUAAAUUUAUUAUAAUCUAUAUUUCUAUAGGUAAAAAGUAAAUAAAUAUUCCUAAUAACACAGUGACGUACACAGAAAUUUUUGAUUUAGGAGGGGGGUAUUAUAAAAAAAUAUUUAUGUUUUAUAAAAACAUUUUAUAUAUGGAAAUUAUCUCUUUUUUGUAUAGUGAAAAAAAAAGGCAAGGGGGAUUUCAACACAACCCCCCUCCCCCCCUUGUUGUGUAUGCCACUAAAUAGCAUGUAUAAUUUUAUUUACCGAGCAUGAUCACCGUUGUUUUACGCUUUAACAAUGAAUUUAUUCUAAUUAAGAUUUUUAGAAUAUUGAAGUACUUUUACAUAGGAAACAUAUUUUGAAAUACUUUUUAUAUAAUUUAAGGAGUGACCUGUAAUGGCUUAAACUUCUUUUUUUGCAAAUAAAAGCCAACCCAUUCCUCUGUCAACUGCUAAGGUAGAAUAUUUUUUUGAAAAAUAAUUUAGAUGUAUAUAUAAAUCAAAAUUUGAACGAAUUCUGAGUUAUUAAAAUAUAUUAUUUACUAAGGAUAGUAGACUUAAGAGGACUUAGUAGGUCUCCUGUUGAUGAAAAAAAAUGACUUUUAGACCAAAAAAGCCAGACAAAACUGGAGGAAAUUCCUUUUGGAGGAAUUUAAUUUUGAAAAAGGAUUAUGAUUGAUUAAAAAGUUUACUAGGUUUGACCAGAGGCGAUUUUUAACACUCCAAUUAUUGUUACUUGUUAGUGUCAUAAUGAAUAAUAUAAAUACAAAAAUUUGGUAAUCAAUGAAAAUCAGUUUUAAAAAUUGAAAUCCGUCAAAUCAAAUUCCUACGGGUUUGUCUAGCUUUUUGAUUUUGGUAUAAACCCCACUUUUUUAAAUUUAAAAAUAUUAUUGACAAUGCCUGCGCGUACGUAAGUAAAUUGACGGCAAAUAUAAAUAACGACCAACCUACCGAGCUACCUACUGUUAUAGUUUAGGACAUUUCUAGAAAAUAUUGACCGAAAACUAUUAUAGAUUAAACUCACACAUACUAAUGUCCGUUUAAUAUGCACACACUUACAAGUCACUUUAAUGUCAUCAUGUUAAAUUGCCUAUAUUAAUUUCCUUAAAACACGACUGAACCCCUUAAAAAAUAUUUUACAAAAGUAUGUAAUAGAAUGUGUGUUAAUUCGCGGGUUUGGAUCCAAAAUGUUCUAUGUGUAAAUUUAAAAUUUUUCAGAAAAGCCAAUUUAAAUGUAUUUAAAUAUUUUUCAGCUUAUAAUUAUUUGAUUUGGACGCAUAAGUUAUCAAAACCUUUUAAAUUAAAUCAGAAUUUGUAUUAUUUCGACAGUUAAUUGAGAAGAAAUUUUGAAAUCAAAAAAUAAUAAAAUAUUUAUAUAGAACCUUUUGGAUCCAAACCCGUGAAUUGAUAAUUAAUCUAGAAUAAUAUACUAGAUAUCUCAUAUAUACUAGGCUACCUACCAACUUAUUACCCAAAUUAUAAAAUGAUAAUAGAUUUUUAUUAUUUACCUACUAUCAUUUUCAAAUCAUCAUAACCCCCAUAAUAUAAUCGGCCAUCCCUAACUAUUAUCAUAACCAAUACCCACAACCUACACAAAGUUAAAAGUUUACGUUCAAAUUUCGAUGUACAUACAUCAACAUUUAAACAAAAAGUUAUCUAUUUAAAAACGAACAGGAAAAUAGCGAUUCUUAUUUGACCAAAAUAAAGUUCACAGAAUAGGUAUCCUUAAAUGGUUACCUACUCCUUAAAUGGUAUAAAAAAAUCAAAGUACCUAUUUGAAAAUAUUUUCCUCAAGACUCAAGAAUAGAUAUUUAAAAAUUACGAAAUGAGAAUUUAAUAAAUAAUUUACUUAUAAAAAGAAAAAAUGAGGUGAGCAUGCUUGGUAAAACACUCUGUUAUAUAUUAUAUACACCUAUACAUAUAUAUUAUAAUAUAUAUCAAGUUACACUAGCUAAAAAGUAGAUAGAUUUUUUCAUUUUAAGAGGACAUGAUGCCCUCAUGUAAUUGUCUUUGUCUUACAAAUGAACAAAUGUAUAACUUGGUAAAUUUGCAUUCAGCAGAACCCACUUGUGUUUUAAUAUUGUUGUAAAUUGGAAUAUUAUACAAUUUAAUGCUAAGAGCAUUAUCUCUGUUCUCAAGUUAUUUAUUUUUGAUGUUUUAAACAAUUUUAAAUCAAAUUAUAAGUAGUUACGACCUACAUAAACUUAAAUUUAAUUUAAAAAUGCUAUAAAAUUAAAACAACAAAAAAUACCAAUGAGAAAAGAGUGGACGGAAAAAAUAUUCUUACCUUUACAUUUGAUAAUAUUAAAAC